UACCAGAACAUUUUUCUCAGCGUUAUUGAAUUGAUUCCUCUAAAAUGAAAUUAAUCGCUAGAUUAAACUUAACGAUAUAUGGUAAAUGUUAACGAGACAAUUGCCCAGCUUUUAUAGUAAAAAAUAGGUCAGGCAAAAAAUAUUCCGAAGUCCUAAAAAGUUUGUUUAAAGAAUAUUAAACGUAAUCAAUCAAAGAUCUGCAAUCAGCACCAUGGCAUAUUCUUCAAAUGAAAAAAAUAAAUCAUAAAUACGAUAAAUCUUAAGCCUUAAAUAGAUAAUGUAUUUUAGCUGUUGAUUGAUUGAUUAAUUGAGAGAUGUUUAACGACACUUCAGCACUAUUGGCUAUUUUGUGGCAGUCAGCUUUUGAAGUGGUGAGGCUGGAGGAAGCUGGAGUUAGCUAACAAUCAUAUUCACUUAAGUUUGAGUCGAAAGCGCCGCAAUUGUCAUGUGCGGGAUUCGAACUAACAAACACAGUGUUGACAGGCUAUAGUGGUAGAGUACAAAAAAAAGGUAGUUAAGAACACUAAGCAUUUGAGGCCUCUCUUGCCAGUCGAAGGGAAGAUAUUGAAUGCAUAACUUGAAUGAAUUAAAAUAAAUCAUGUCUUCAAAAGUUAACUACCUGUUAACUAGGUUUAAAUCGUUGAUUAAUAAUAAACAAUGAUUUUCCCUAUUUUUAUAUAUUCGCUAUGAUUUACACAAAAUCACUUCCUUCGCAAUUCAAAACAGGAUACAAUAUAUUAAGUAAAUUUCCGACUAGGUCUUCACGAAUGUCACGCGAUGUUAAUAUUCUUAUCUAUAAAGGUAAAUUUUCUUUCUUACACAAACUUAAUGUGCCAUUAUGGAAUCCAAUUUGCUUAAUUUUCUAUGUGUUAUCUUUCUAUUUUUGUUCAUACAAAAGUCCUCAUGUUUUCUGCUGACGGGAAUGAACAACGGAUAUGCCAUAUAUGUAUGGAGAGACGGUUAUGACCAAACGAUACCCGGAUGUAGUCAAAGUGACUUUCUGAACUGGGAUAAACAUUCGAAAUGCUUUACACAUACCUGGGACACCCAUAGCAGACGACAAUGGCUAUGGAACACAUGUAAGGUACAGGGCAGAGAAAUUCGAAAGAUAUUUCUUGCAGACGUUCAUCAUAAAUUAUAUGAUGGCUUUAAUGCCAAAUCGUGCGGACUUCCUGGAAUUCAAUUGAUAAAACAAACAUUAAGUGAAGGUCAUUCAACAGUACUUGGGCUCCAGAUAUAUGCACUCUUUGCUGUAAGUGAUAUUGACGUAUCAGAAAAGGACUUGAUUAAGCACGUGGUCUGGUACAACGAUCAUUGCGCAGCUGCAGAUGAGAAGUUUGAUGGAGUUGCAGUAAACAAUGAAGCAUAUGCAUCAAUAAAAUGUCACAAUGGACAGUCAGAACAGAUACGGUACUUACAAAACCUAAACAUGAUUAAAACGGAAGCCAUGAAACAAGUCCAUGGUCAUUUACUUACUCAUUACUCCGUCAGCUGGCACUGGGGACGCUGUGGUAGUACAGAGAAACUGAUUACGUACAACGGGAAAACACAAGACGCAGUCAGACACAUGGUUGACAUUUUCGAUAGUAUUGAUGUCCAGGUUGGUUACAUCACGUUCCCUCAAAUAUCUGACCGGACUAAAUUGGCAGGAUACCAGUAUGCGUUAGAUACCGGAAAGGAAAUAUUCGUCACACUCUACACCAAUAAGGGCGAUCCUUGCCAGACAACUUUCUUUCCAUCAUCGUGUAACAAAGGUAACCAUACCGAGGCUGGAAUGUUUGAUGUCUUUGAUCAUUUCAAGAAUAAUGGAAUCGAGCAAGCCCUUCCAUGUAUUCACUAUUUCAGAGGGAUAUAUUCCAGUGGUGGGAAUCCCGAUUGGCCAAUACAUUGACAUAACAGACCGUUAACAACAGACAUAGAACUCAACUAUCCAUAAAGAGCCUGAUAUUAAAUUAUUUUUUUAACUCUGAAUUUAUAAACGCGGUUGUCAUCCUAAUGUAUUAUUGUGCUUCCUAAAGUAUGUUAUUUAAGCGCCAAGUAUUGAUGGGUUUUAUACGUUCUUAAUCAUAAGGCUUUGACGUUAUUGGUUUGUAAUAUAGUGUUAUAGAUUCGGGGUUAGCUGUAUUUGACCCGAGACUCGAAGAGUCGAGGGCCAAUACAGCUGAUCGAGAAUCUAUAACAGGGCUAAUACAAAAACAGCCAGUUCAUAACACUUUUAUUAAAUGAUUUGAUAAAAUUCUUUAAAUAAACUGAGCAACUUACCUUGAAGUUGAAGAAUAUACAGCAAUUCAUAUCUGAACUUCACGAUGGAUUUUUUUGUCAACAUUGUCAGAUGCAAUUUCUGAUUUCUCGUCCAAGUACUCUUUCUUAUGCUAUUACAAUUCAUUUUAUCUAGCAAAUAUAAAGUAGCUGGUAAAAAUAAAUCAGACAGUUUAACUAUUCUUGCCCUCUAGAAUCGUCUGCGUUCUGAUGAUCAUCGGAAAUGAUACAGUAAAAAUAAUCGGAAGUCGUACUCGAAAAGGCUGAGAAAUAUUUCCGUUACAAAACACUGAACAUCAUUUAAUUUUUUUUAUGAUAUUAAGUUCAAAAAUAUGAAUACAAAUGUAUUUUAUGCAUAACGAUAAGUCCCAAGUUAACUGUUAAGUAAGCUUUGGUGUUAGAAAAUUGAAACCGGAAGUGAACGUCCCGUAUUGGCCCUGUCCGAAAACCAAUAUUAACUCCGGAUUUAUAUCGACAGGACAACGUCACCAGUAUUGCACAGACUGAUUUAUCCGUAUUAGGGCUGAUUUGCUCAUAUCAUUUAAUAAUGAUUUAAAAUAUCUACUACUGUUAUAUGGGAUGGCAGGAUGCACGUCUCUUGAUUCUAAACUGCUGUUACAUCACAAAAUCUGUACAAUCAUCUUAUACAUUCGAGGGAUCUGUGUAGAAGUUAAAAUAAAAUGUACAGAUCAUGA